AUGAUGCAAGUUACACCCAUACCGGCGACGCCUGCCCAGUCUUACACCCCCGUGAAGGCACCCUUGGUCGAAGUAGAGAGACCUACAGAAGAAGAAGAAGCGUUACCAGAAGACCAUGUUCUCCAAAACCUAUCGACAGUAGACCGUCUAUUCAUCACCAAGAGACUGCGAGUGAAGAGUGUAUUGUUCCUUCGCGGGAAGAAAAAUAGAUUUUUCGUUAGAACUCCCGAUCAGAACCUGGUGUAUACUGUUGAGGAAGAGAAUAGCUGGUGGGUCGGUUACUUCUGCUACGGCCUGCGACCUCUACAGCUACACGUGAAGGACAGUGAAGGUGUCGAAGUGAUGAGGAUUGACCGCCCCUACGCGUGCACCGCCCGAGUGCUACCUUGUCAGUUGCAAAGGAUACAGGUAUUUUCACCGCCGGGCACUCGAAUAGGCAGUAUUGAGCAGCAGUGGACACCGGUGAGACCCGAGUAUGUCGUGAAGGGAGAAGAUGGUCAACAGGUGUUUUGGAUACGAGGUCCCUGCGUUACGAUCACCUUCUUCAAUGAUAUACAGUUCCAUAUAUACAGAAACGAUGGCACUGCUGUAGGCAGCACUAGCAAGCGCUGGCAAGGACUGUUCCACGCUAUGUUCUUUGCACCCAUUACUGACAGAUUCGGCGUUGCUUUCGAGAGAGACCUUUCUGUGACAGAGAAAGCAUUGAUUCUCGCCGCGACUUUACUUCUCGACUACAUGUACUAUGACGUG